AUGUAAACACUCUUCUGGUGCUCUUCUGCCUGCUUCUGCUUCUUCUAUGCAGAUCACGGCGGUCACGGCUUUUUAAAAUAUAAUUCUUUUACUUUUCAUAUAACAGAAAAAAAACUUGUAUGAGUGAAUAAUAAAUUUAGAAAAAAUGAAGAAUAUUCUAGACUUUGUCGGUGAAAAUUUACGAUUUGAAAUUCUAAUAGUAAUAUGGACAAUAUCGUUAUGGGAACUUUAUCUCUCUUUCCGGCAGAGGAGAUUAAUGCAAAAAUUAGAAACAUUACCUACUUUAUUAGAUGGAAUAAUGACACAAGAAUUAUAUAGUAAAUCACGUCUUUAUUCACUAGACAAAAGUAAUCUUGGAAUUUUUAAAGCUGUAUUCGCAACAAUCUAUAAAACUAUUUUAAUAGUUUUCUUUGCGUACUAUCACGCUUGGGUAUGGAGUUUAAAAGUGAAUGAAUCGAUCGGUUUGGGUAGUGAAAAUGAUAUUUUAAACAGUUGCACAUGUAUGUUUUUGACGAGCAUUAUUUCAUUUUUCGUUGAACUGCCUAUUGACGUGUACAACACAUUUUGGAUCGAAGCAAAACAUGGAUUUAACAAGCAGACUCCGUUGUUUUUCGCCAAGGACAAAGUGAAACAAGUAAUAAUCACGCAAAUAUUCUCCCUGCUGAUGAUGAGCGGAGUGAUAUGGAUUAUUAAAAAUGGUGGCGAUUACUUUGUCCUCUACUUAUGGGCCUUCACAAUGGUUAUGAUAUUUGUUAUGAUGCUUAUUUAUCCAGAAUUCAUAGCGCCACUUUUCGAUAAAUAUUCACCACUUCCCGAUGGUGAAUUAAGAGAAAAAAUUGAAGCUCUCGCUUCGUCAUUAAAGUUUCCAUUGUACAAAUUGUUUAUUGUCGAAGGCUCGAAACGAUCGUCUCACAGUAAUGCCUAUAUGUAUGGUUUCCACAAGAAUAAACGAAUUGUUCUCUUCGACACGCUCGUUAAAGAAUACUAUAAACCAAGUGAGGAUGAAAAAGACAAGGGCGAUGAGAAUCGUAAUCAUGGCUGUGAAACUGAUGAAGUUGUUGCCGUAUUAGCUCACGAACUUGGACACUGGCAGUAUAAUCAUGUCUGGAAAAAUCUUCUUUUGGCUCAGAUAUCGAUUUUGAUCAACUUUUACGUUUUUGACAUGCUUUUACACUAUCAUCCAAUGUACAAUGCUUUUGGUUUCACCGAUUCGGAACCAAUUCUUAUCGGCCUCAUUAUUGUUUUGACCUAUAUUUUGAUGCCAAUUAAUGAGCUAAUCGACUUUGGACAAACCGUCUGCUCGCGAAUAUUUGAAUUUCAAGCGGACAAUUUCGCCAAGAAUUUGGGCUACACUGAGAAUUUGAAGAAGGCACUGAUAAAAUUGCAAACGGAUAAUUUAAGUUUCCCAGUGUUCGACAAAUUGUAUUCCACUUGGCAUCACAGUCAUCCUCCAAUUCUUGAAAGAUUGGAAAACUUAAGUAAAGAAGACUAAAGAAAAAAAGACUAAGAUCUUUUCUAAUUGUGAUAAAUAAGGAAGUAAUUUUUAAAAAAAUUUGCAGGUAUUUCCAAUUCUUUAAUUUAACUUUCUUUUUUUUCCAAACUUCUUCUUUACAUUUUAAAUAGUUUUUUUUUUCUUGUCUUUUUAUAAACAAUUUCACAAAUAUUUCUACCUUUUUUUUAAGAUGACAAAACACUACGAUUUUUGUAUAAAUUUUUCCAUUAUACAAUUAAUAGUCAUGUAGAAAUAAUAAAUUAUUUAAAAUUUAAAA